AUGCGCAGGAAUUUCUGGAAGUUUGUGAAACCCAAGCGGAAAACUGCAGAUAUCCCGUCUAAGGUGUUCUUGGGAUAUCGAGAGUCGUCCUCGGUUCCUGAAACGUGUGAUUUAUUCUCAAAACACAUUGCUUCAGUGUUUGUAGCUGAUGCAGCAACCCCGUCGGAAGCCGAAUGUGCUGCAGCUAAUGUUCCGGAGGCUUUAAUAGACUUGUGGUCAUUCACUGUUACUCCACAGACGAUUGAGAGAAGCGUAAAAGUUGAAACGGUCAACAGUUCCUGGCCCAGAUGGCAUUCCAGCAAAAGAUCGCUGGAUCAAGAAAUCUUUCCAGAUGUGUGGGAGCACUCCUAUAUGUUUCCCGUCUUCAAAAAAGGAGAUAAGUGCAAGGUGAUCAACUAUCGCGGGAUAACCAGCCUUUCUGCCGCAUCUAAGCUAUUUGAGAUGAUCGUGAACGAUGUUGUCUUCUUCGAAGUGAAGAGCUAUAUCUCACCAAUACAACAUGGUUUUAUGCCAGGACGCUCGGUUAGCACAAAUCUUCUAGAGUUCUCAUCGUUUUGUGUCAACCGCCUAGAAGAACGAGCUCAAGUUGAUGCUAUUUAUACCGACAUAAAAGCCGCUUUCAACUGA